AUGGUGGUUAGGAUUCGAUUAGCGAGACUUGGUUGCAGGAACCACCCAUUCUAUCGUGUCAUUGCUACUGAUAGCACAACAACAAGAGAUGGCAAACACCUUCAAGUCUUAGGUUACUACAAUCCUACAGGUAAAAAAGACAAGCAAAGAAUGAGCCUCAAACUAGAAAGAGUGAAGUAUUGGCUUUCUGUUGGAGCUCAACCUUCAGACCCUAUUGAGCGUCUUUUAUCUCAAGCAGGGUCAAUGGUGGCAAUGGAACAUCAAUCUGAUAAAUACCUUGUUGAUGCUGCUUUAACUGCACAUACUCUAAACCAAGACCAACCAGCCAAUACCAAUCUCAAUCCCAAUGAACAAGAUGGCACAACAUCUCUAGAAGCCAUAUUUUCAAUCGGCUUAACAGUUAACUGA